AUGAGCUUCACGUUGGAACCGUACGACGCGGCCACUUCAGAAACGUGGAUAGUGUGCCGGACUUGCGGGACCCAAUUCCCAACUUCGGACCGCCAGGUUGUCACGACCUGCCACAUCUGCGAUGAUCCCAGGCAGUACGUACCGCCCUCUGGGCAGUCGUUCACCACCCACAAGGAGGUGGCGGCGACGCACCGGAACGAGUUCAUCCCCUACGAGGCGGACCCGCGGCUCACCUCCAUCGUGACGACGCCCAAGUUCGGCAUCGGCCAGCGCGCCAUCCUCGUGCGCACGCCGGGGGGCAACAUCCUCUGGGACUGCAUCACGCUCCUCGACGAGGAGACCGUCGCCCGCAUCGCCUCCCUCGGCGGGCUGGCGGCCAUCGUCAUCAGCCACCCGCACUACUACUCGACCCACGUGCAGUGGGCGCGCGCCUUCGCCUGCCCCGUGUACGUCUCCUCCGAGGACGCGUCGUGGGUGACGAUGCCGUCGGCGCACCGGCAGCUGCUGACGGGGACGGAGACGGAGAUCGUGCCGGGGUCCGGGGUCAAGGCCGUCAAGCUGGGCGGGCACUUCCCGGGUUCCCUGGUGGCGCUGUUCGAGGGCCGGCUGCUCAUCGCCGACACCAUCGUCACGACGCCGGCGGGGCUGGGGAGGUGGGAGGUGGACGGGAACGGGGUCGCGAGGGCGAGGCCGGGCGGUCUGAACUCGUUCACGUUCCAGUGGAGCAUACCGAACAUGAUUCCCCUGGGACCGGACGAGCUGGCGAGGAUGUGGGGGGUGCUGGGGGGUUAUGAGUUCCGGUCUACGCACGGGGCGUUCCUUGGGUUCGAUGUUGAGGAUGAGGGGGUCAAGGGGCGGGUGUUGGAGAGCAUGCAGAUCCAGACGAGGUUUAUGGGGUGGCCUGACCACCCGUUGAUGGGGAUGAAGCUAUAA